UACGUACCUCAGAGAUAUGAUCCGUAAGGAGAGAGACACGGUCACAAUACGUCUCAACCAGGGGUAGCUGUCCUUAGAUGCCAUUUUCGUUGUUGUGGCUGGAGCUCUCGCCAAAGACGUCGUCGUCUCUCUCCAUGUACGAGAGGAAGGACACAGAGACAGUGAGCACUGAUUGAUGGAUGUGUCAUGUGUGGAGAUACACCAACACCUAAACAUCUUGAUCAACAACGAUAUAAAUAUGGACUAGAUCGUUCAUCUGUUCACCCACCAGCAACUCCCUGACUCCAUCGGAGUAUAUUAGCUCGUAGCUGAGUGCGGCUCAGUCUGCCAGCUCGAUCGGAGGCGCUUUCAUCGAUCGGCGGCGGCAGCGAUGGCACGCUCCGCCGUGUUGUUGCACGCCGUCCUCCUCGUCCUCGCCGUCGCGGUGUCGUCGUGGCGUGGCGUGGUCUCCGGCGACGCGGCGGUGGUGCUCGGCCGGAAGGCCGCCGGGAUGAGUAGUGCUGCAGCGUCGUCGUCGGCCGACGACGACCUGCCGGCGCUGCAGAUCUCGGCGAGGAAGGACGGCGCCGGGAACGAUAAGUACGCCGUGAUCUUCGACGCCGGCAGCACCGGGAGCCGGGUUCACGUCUUCAGGUUCGACAAGCAGAUGGACCUCGUCAAGAUCGGCGACGACAUGGAGCUCUUCGCCAAGGUGAAGCCCGGGUUGAGCUCAUAUGCUGGCAAACCACAGGAAGCUGCAAACUCCAUUGCUCCUCUGCUAGAGAAGGCUAAAGGUGUUGUUCCCAAGCAGCUUCAGAAAAGAACUCCCCUCAAACUUGGGGCCACUGCUGGUCUAAGACUGAUUGGAGAUGAGAAGUCAGAGCAAAUUCUUGAAGCGGUUCGAGAUCUUGUCCACAGCAAGAGCAAUUUCCAGUACAAACCAGAAUGGAUCAGUGUCCUUGGGGGUUCUCAAGAAGGAUCCAACCUCUGGGUUGCUCUGAACUAUCUUUUGGGGAAGUUAGGAGGGGAUUACUCAAAAACCGUAGGAGUGAUCGAUCUCGGAGGUGGUUCAGUUCAAAUGGCCUAUGCCAUUUCUUCAGAUGCUGCAGAAAACUCUCCUCCAGUCCCUGUCGGCAAAGAUCCUUAUGUUACAAAGGAGUAUCUCAAGGGAAAAGAUUAUAACCUUUAUGUUCACAGUUACUUGCAUUAUGGGCUCCAAGCUUCUCGCGUCGAGAUUCUUAAGACGAAGAAUGGGCAAUUCAGCUCCUGCAUGCUUCGCGAAUUCAAUGGUACAUACAAGUACAACGGCGAGGAGUACGACGCGGCGGCGUCGCCGGAAGGGGCGGACCACGGCAAGUGCGGCGAGGAGGCGGCGGCGGCGCUGGGCCUGGACGCGCCGUGCGAGUCCCGGAACUGCAGCUUCAACGGCGUGUGGAACGGCGGCGGCGGCGCCGGCAUGGCCGACCUCUACGUGGCGUCCUACUUCUACGACAGGGCGGUGCACGGCGGGUUCGUCGUCGACGACGCGCCGAGCGCCGUGACCACCCCGGCGGCGUUCGCGGAGGCGGCGUCGAAGGCCUGCUCGCUGAGCUCCGGCGAGGCCGCGGCCGCGUACCCGGAGGCGUUCGACGUGCAGUUCAUAUGCAUGGACCUGACGUACCAGUACACAUUGCUUACAAAGGGCUUCGGUUUGAAGCCAACUAGGGAGAUGACGCUUGUGAAACAGGUCAAGUAUGGGGAUUGCUACGUGGAGUCGGCGUGGCCGCUGGGUACUGCCAUAGAAGCCUUGUCCUCCCAGAAGAGUCAUCAGUCUGCAUGAUCCAUUUAGCUAUAUCACGCAAGGAUGCCUACAUAUAUGUAUGUGUUCUGAUUCACGUACGUUUGAGCGGUGGAGAAGAUGUUUGGCAGAUUUGAGUAGCAAAUUCAUAACACUGCGCAAUUAAUAACUUAAUAAAAUGGUAUUGUUUGACGGCAAAUUUAUACUGAGCCUUGCAUGGUAGUUACAUACACUGAAAAAUCUUAAUCCUAAUGGGCCUCCAAUCGAAGGCCUUAGGCAAUAGCCCGGGUGGCCAGAGGCCACGUUAUGUUUCACCCAUGGUUACGGGGUUUAAAAUAAACUUCUUACACUAA